AAUAGUGUAUACGACUGGUUACUUGACAGAAAAGCAGACCUGGAAAGCCUUCUUAUAUUUAGAUUUGAAUUGAAAAAUAAUUAAGAAAUAAUGGAUAACUGGGUUCCAAUAGCAAAAGUUUAUGAUCCGUUGAAAGCAGGAAGUAUUGACGCCACAGAUACAGAACCUCAUGACCAUGGCAUCAUCAGAGCAAUGGCAGCUAAAUACAAACCAAAUAAAGAUGUAGUAGGUGAUCCAGAGAAAACAAUAUUCAUAGCUCGUCUUAAUCCAAAAACAGACGAAACAACAAUCGAAAAAGUUUAUUCUGGAUAUGGAGUUAUCAAGCAAUUCAGAUUAGUACGCGAUAUUAUAACAGGCUAUUCUAGGUGCUAUGCUUUUGUAGAAUAUUAUGAUCAUAAAGAGGCUGAGGAUGCAGUUUGGAGGGGACAUAAACAAGAAAUUGAUGGUUGUGAAGUUUUUGUUGAUUACGAAUGUGAACGAGUACUCAAAGGAUGGGUACCUAGAAGACUUGGGGGAGGCUUUGGUGGAAAAAAAGAAUCAGGACAAUUAAGAUUUGGGGGCAGAGAUAGACCAUUUCGGAAACCUAUUUAUAAAAAAAUGAUUGUUAAUAACGAACAUUAUGAUAAUACUUGGGAUGAUAAAAAUAGUGAGCAUGAUGCUGAUGGUGAUGAUAACUAUCGAGGCACAAACAGGGUACGUUCUGAUCGAUCAAAUCAACAAUAUUAUGAGAACUUAAUUAAAUUUAAGACAUCUGAAAAAAUUCAAACUUAUAGAGAAAGACAACAAAGUAGGCAAAGUUGCCUAGACAGAAGUAGAGAAAGACUUCAGACAAGAGAUAGAUCUAGGGAAAGAGACCAACAAUACAGUAGAUAUGACAAAAGUAGUCGGGAGAAAAGUCCACAUCAAUCAAAACAUUCAAGAGAGACUGCAGGGGAAAGAAGGGGAAGUAAUAGAGACAGAGAUAGAAUCAGAAGCAGUGAUGGAUCUAGAAAUAGAAUUAGAGACAAUAGAUCCAGGGAUAGAAGUAGGGAUAGAUCAGGUGACAGUAGGCAAUCAAGAGAUAGAACUGAAGAAUAUAGAUCGAGGAAUAAAAGUAGGGACAGAUCUGUUGAGAGAAGACAAGAUAGAUCAGAAAAAAGAGGGAAGAGAUCAAAAGAUUCAAAAAGAGAGACAAGUGAAUACAGAGAAACAGAAAAGUAUAUAGAUAGAAAAAUAGAUAAAGGUAAACAUCUGGAGAGAAGUGAUUAUAGGGGACAAAGAGCACCAGAAACAUAUGAUGAAAGAACAAUCAAUAGACUCAUACAAUCCACUAUGAGCAGUAUUUGGGAUGAACAUGAUAAAGAACAUAAUAAAGAACAUGAUCAUGAACAUGAUAAAGAACAUGAUAAUGAACAAAAUCCACAAACUGAAAACAUAGCAACUGAAGAUUUAGAGGUUCAAGAAAAUUAAAAAAAAAAAAUUUGA